CUUAAUACUUAAAUCAUGUUUAAUUGCACCAUCACCAUGGCUUCUUCUUCACUACCUUCAACUUUCGCCACAAUCUCACCAUCUUCCAAGCCUUAUACUCGUCAAGCCUUUCGUGUCAGAGCUCAAAGCUUUAGAGAAGAAGCAGAUGGAUCGAGUAGUCGGGUGGAUGCGAAUAUGGGAGUGUUAAGGGAGAGAAUAGAGAAGGUGAAGAUGAGGGAGAAGAUGGAUAAAUUUUGCAGAUCAAAUGAAGAUAAGUAUGGGUGGAAUUAUGGUGGUGGGUAUGAUUAUAAAGCAAGAAGAGAUGGAUCAGAAUUGUUUCAACUUGUGGGUCUGGUUGGGGCAACUAUCGGCUUCACUUGCCUUACUGGCACUCUCUUCCUUUCCUUUGUUUCUUUGCUGCUUCAUUUCCAUCAAUGAUUUAGAUUCCCCAUGUAUAUGCGUACUGUUGCAUGGGAGAUGGGCCUUUCCAGCAAAUACAUUUCAUAUUCUUGUAUUGAUUAACUUCAUCAAAUCAUGUUGUACAAAACAUAGUUUAUAUGGUUUGAUGCCACGCUUAGUUGG